AUGCUUAUCAUUCAGCCCAUAUGGGUCAUAUUGGGUACACAGCCAACAAUAUUGCGCACUUUCAAGUCCUUCAGUCAGAAUAGUCUGCAGGCUACAAAUGUGUUUGCUUGCUCUGAUCGUCCUGCAGUCAUCUAUUCCUCUAAUCACAAGUUGGUCUUCUCCAAUGUGAACCUGAAAGAAGUGUCAUACAUGUGCCCUCUUGAUGCCAAAGGAUAUCCAAACAGUUUGGUGCUUGCCACAGAGAACUCCCUCACCAUUGGGACAAUUGAUGAGAUACAGAAGCUCCAUAUUCGUACAGUUCCUCUAGGAGAAACUCCAAGGCGAAUAUGCUACCAAGAACAAACCCAGACAUUUGGUGUAGCAACAAUGAGGACGGACACAGCAGCAAGUACAGGUACUGUGCCUGUGAGACCAUCAGCUUCUACAAUGGCAAUGAGCACCAGUUCAAGUUCCUCAUUACCUGCUAUGAAGCAUGGUUCUACCACAACUGAACAAGGAGCUGAUGUUGAAGUACACAACUUCCUCGUUGUUGACCAGAAUACUUUUGAAGUGCUACAUGUGCAUCAGUUCAUGCAUAAUGAGUAUGUGCUGAGUGUUGCUUCAGCCCGGUUGGGAGAAGAUCCAAACACAUAUUACAUAGUGGGGACUGCACUUGUGAAUCCUGAAGAUGAAGAGCCUACUCAGGGACGCAUUGUCAUAUUUCACUGGAAUGAAAACCGCCUCAACCUGGUCACAGACAAGGAAGUGAAGGGAGCCUGUUAUGCUCUACUUGAGUUCAAUGGGAAAGUCCUGGCUGCUGUCAAUAAUAAGAUACGCCUCUUUGAAUGGACACAAGAAAAAGAAUUGAGGUUAGAAUGUACUCAUCACAACAACCUCGUGAGCCUUUAUUUAAAAACAAAAGGUGACUUUAUCCUUGUUGGAGACCUCAUGAGAUCCAUGGCUCUUCUCACAUAUAAACCUCUGGAAGCCUCUCUGGAAGAAAUUGCAAGGGAUUAUACACCAAAUUGGAUGAAUGCCAUUGAGAUCAUUGACACAGAUACAUUCCUGGGUGCUGAGAACAGCUUCAAUCUUUUUGUGUGCCAGAAAGAUAGUGCAGCUGGAUCAGAUGAGGAGAAGCAGCAGAUGCAGCAAGUGGGAUGUUUCCACUUGGGUGAUAUGGUGAAUGUGUUCCGACAUGGAUCUCUUGUCAUGCAGCAGGUCACUGAGACAUCGAUCACCACUCAGGGGUCAAUACUACUUGGCUCUGUCAAUGGCUGCAUUGGUCUGGUGACUCAGCUCCCACAAGAAUUGUAUUCCUUCCUGGAGGAAGUGCAGAAGAAGUUGACAAAGGUUAUCAAGUCAGUAGGGAAAAUCGACCACUCCUUCUGGAGGAGCUUCAAUAAUGAGAGAGUCACAUUGGAAUGUGAGGGAUUUAUUGAUGGAGAUCUUAUAGAAAGCUUCCUUGAUCUGGAUCAUGCCACCAUGGAAGAAGUCACCAAAGGCCUCUCUAUUGAUGAUGGGGAUGGGAUGAAGAGAGAGGCUGCAGUUGAUGACCUCAUCAAAAUCAUUGAGGAUUUGACUCGUAUCCAUUGAGAUCAGUGAAGUUGUGUGAAUCUUAAAAAAAUACACCAUGGAACUAGGACUGCAGAAGGAGGAAUUAAUCACCAGUUCGUCAACCUGGCUUGAUAGUCGUUGUGAGAGACAGUCUUUUGCCAUUCUUUUUUUUCCACCACCUCCCCCAUCCCCUUCUCUACUCAAGGGUUCUUAUGAAAGUGGAGUAGAAUGAAUGUUGGAAUGACUCCAUCCAAGAUAGUUGUUCCCAUUUCUAAAAUAAAUAAAGACAGAAGAAUUGUGAGAGACUGUCAAACAGUAAUGCCACAGCUUUCAUGGGUUGUUUGUUUUUCUUAUUAUUCAUGUUUGCUUGAAACAACAUUCAUAGCACAGCUGUAUCUUGCAAUUGUGCACAUGGCACUGAAUUAGCCUGUUAAACCCCAGAAAGUGUAGGUUGAGAUUAUCUGAAAUCCCUUAAUUAUUCCUUGAAAGUCUCAUAUUCAAUGUGAACUUGGACAAUUUGAUUUUAAAUUUCAAUGUGAAUUUUUUCAUUUUAACAAUUUCUGUAUGAUCAAAGUUCCCAUGAGACUGGAGUUACUAGAUCAAAGGAUCCAGUGUGAAACAUCCAUGGAAGUGCGUGCUGAGUAAAUACAUCUGCCUGAUGCAGGCAGGGCUUCUGAAUCAGAAACCUUUUCCUGAUAACUUG